GUAAGCUUGUGCAAAGACCGAGCUGUGACAGUGUGAGUAGGGGAGAUUAAUUUGGACUUCACAAACAGCGAAAUAUUGUGAUUGGUCAACUGUCAUCAUGUGUUGUUGUGCCAUUGCCUGUGUCAAGUGCUUCCUGUACUUCCUAGAUAUCCUGUUUUUGCUUUCAGGUAUCGGAUUAUUCAUCACCGGCAUACAUGUGCUGGUUGGAGUGACGUCAGGGACGUACGCGUCCCUUCUACCGAGCAUCUCGUACAUGCAUGCAGCGUACGUCCUCAUAAUUCUCGGUAUAUUCAUCGUGGUGGUGGCUAUCAUCGGAUGUAUUGCAGCUGUGAGGGAGGGAGUCUGCUGUCUCCUUACGUUUUACUUCAUGGUUGUGGUGGUGAUCUGUUUGGAGGUGUCUGCUAUCAUCAUCGCCUUUGCCGGGCUUCAUAUGCACGAUGACAUGACAAGCUAUGUGACUGCGAGUAUGAAACGAGGGCUAUUUUACUAUCAAGACGAGAAUCAUUCGGAGAUGAAAGCUGCAUGGGACAGUCUGCAACAAGAGGUUGAAUGCUGCGGUGUGAACGCACCUACCGACUGGGAGAUUACCGGGGGAUUCCCGCCGGGUGAGGUGCCCGAAUCGUGCUGUAACGGUCCUGAUGGCGCUUGUACUAGCUACUACAUGGAGGGUUGCCAGGAGUACAUACUGAUGACGCUAGAGGAUUGGUUGCUUUUGAUUGGAGUGGUCUGUAUCGUCUUUGUCAUCAUACAGAUCCUGCUGGUCUGGUUCAUAUUGAUCCUGUUCUUCAAGCUUCACAGAGGAAGUAAAUACUGCUGUGGGUGUGGCGUCUACUCUUCCGUCAAGGAACAUGAUUAGUCUUCUUCCAAAGAGCAUAUUAAUUAGUCUUCCUUCAUGAACCAGUGUGGCCCUUAUUCCUUUAUGAUAGCUGAUUUUGACCAUGGCUUACAUGUAUUAUGCAGGAAGAUUGUACAAACUCAAUCAACUCAAAAUUCAGUACAGAACCAAUUAAUAAUAAUAAUGGGCAUUUAUAUAGCGCCAUCUAUCAUAUCUAGAAGUAUUCUAUUCCAAGGCUCGAUAUUAUUAUUAUUACUCUGGAUUUAGCUCGAGCUGCCUUUCAGCGCUCAUGCAUUCAAGGAAUUGAUCAU